UUUCCUUGUAUUAUGUAGAGGAAAUGAACAUCAGAUGUCAGACUUCUUCGAUCCAUUUCAUUUUUGGAUCUUUAUUAUGUUGUUGGACUGAACAUCAGAUUAAAGUCUUCUACCCAUCUGUCAGACUCGGACAUAAGAAGUCUGUUGGGGGAGGAAGGUCAAGUGCAAUGGAAAAAGGGACUUAGUCUUCACACACCGGUCCAGUCAUGACAUCUCCCGACGCUCUCCUGUCAGACGUGCAGUUUCAGUGUUGCAUCUGCCAGGAUGUUUUCUCUGAGCCUGUCUCCAUACCCUGCGGUCACAGCUUCUGCUUCACUUGCAUCACAACACACUGGGACGACUACCAUGUCAUCAGCUGUCCAAAAUGUCAGACAGUCUUCGAGCGCCGCCCGGAGCUUUGUGAAAAUACUUUUGCCAAGGAAAUGUCAGAGCAGAUCCGAGCGAGAAGGCAGAAUGACGUGUUAUCGUUGGGAAAAUCCAUUUAUUGCGAUGUGUGCACUGGGAAACAAAUGAAGGCCCUGAAAUCAUGUCUUGUGUGUCUGACCUCGUACUGUGAGAGCCACUUGGAGCCUCACCUGAGAGUUGCCACUUUGAAGAUUCACAAGCUGAUUGAACCUGUUGCAUUGCUGGCAAACAGGAUCUGUGAAAGGCACCAAAGGCUCUUGGAGCUGUUUUGCAGGAGCGAUCAGCGAUGUGUGUGCGUGCUGUGCACCGAGACAGACCACCGCUGUCAUGACAUUGUUCCAGUGGAGCGAGAGAGUCAGGAGAAGAAGGCACAGAUGAAAAGGGUUAAGGCUGAUGUUCAGCAGAUGAUCCAGGACAGACUGCAGAAAGUGGAGGAGAUCAAACACGCUGUGAAGCUCAGCACAGAAAACUCAAAAAGGGACAUUGAAGAAAGCACGAAGGUCUUUUCAGCUCUGGUUCGUUCCAUGGAGAGAAGUCAAGCUGACUUGGUGGAAAUGAUCCAGAGGAAGCAGGCUGCAGCAGAGCAGAGGGCAGAGAGGAUCAUCUCAGAGCUGGAGCUGGAAAUCACUGAGCUGGAGAAGAAGAGAAGUGAGAUGGAGCAGCUUUCUCAUACCGACGACCACCUCUACCUUCUGGAGAGGUUUCCGGCUCUGAGUUCUCCUCCUUCUGCCAAACCCUCCUCUGACAUCAUUGUCCAUGCAGACACAUGCCUGGGAACUGUAAGGAGAGCGGUGAACAACAUUGAACAGCAGCUUCGCUUGGUUUUGAAACAACUUACCAUUGAAGAGCAUGAGAAGAUUCAGCCGUAUGCAGCUGAUGUUCAUCUGGACCCCAGGACAGCCAACCCUUGGCUGCUUCUAUCAGAGGAUGGGAGACGGGUCUGGGAUGGAGAUGCUGAACAGAACCUGGAAGAUGUACCCGAGCGUUUUGACACAGCACCAUGUGUCCUUGCCACCAAGGGUUUCACCACAGGGAGGCACUACUGGGAAGUGGAUGUGGGAGACAAGACAGCUUGGGACUUGGGUGUAGCCCGACAGUCAGUCAACAGGAAAGGUGUGGUGACCCUAAGCCCAGGGGAAGGCUACUGGACUGUUUGUUUGAGGAAAGGCAAUGAGUACCGGGCAUGUGCAGCACAGGCAGAGCUGCUGUGUCUGCCUCAGAGGCUGCAGAUUGUCGGGGUGUUUUUAGAUUAUGAGGAUGGGACAGUGUCUUUUUAUGAUGUUGAGUCCAAGUCACUCAUUUAUUCUUUUACACAGUUCGAAUUCAGUGAGGCCAUGUUUCCCUUUUUUAAUCCAGAAAUAAGUGACAGUGGCAACAACAAAUCACCCCUCAUCAUCUGCCCUGUCAGUGUCAAUAGAGGCGGGGAUUUAGAUGAUAUUACAAUAUGAUGUCAAAAGGAUAUUCAUUGUUUUUUAUCUCAUGGUACUUUGUUUAUGAAUAGGUGUUCCACAUAAAACUGUUGUUUUUGUUGAUAUGAAGACUUGUUAAUUUACAGAACAGUACACAAUUUAUCUGAAAUUCAUCUCUGAUAAAGAACAAAUCUAAAAAUGUGUCACAACCUCAGAAUCAAGCAAUGGUACUGUUUAAUCUGCCAACAAUUAGUCUAGGCCUAUAGACGAUCCUUAUUUAAACUCAAAGAGUCGAACUAUACACUUGAAACACUUUUGCUAGUUCAUCAUAAUUUUGGCUGCCAUCUGAAAUCUUCAGAGGUACAAAACAUGUUAUAUUUCCUGUUGGGGAGAGAUGAUACUUUUCAUCAGUAAUUGAUGUUUCCUUCAACAACAAAAGCUCCUUUUACACAUGGACCACACAUAUCAUGUUUCUGACUUGAUCCCUUCCCUCAAUAAACUUUAAAGUAUUGC